GGGGGGGUGGCGAGCUUGGCACGGGAGCGAACGCCUUCGCGGACAGCAGAAGGACAGUAGCAAGCGUGGAAGUUCCCCUUCCCGGGUCGGUGGCACCCGCUGUGUUUCACGGAACACAGGGAAAGGAUGGCCGGGGAGGCACGAGCGUCGAGGGAGAGCGGUUGGUCAACGCACUCACCUUCGGGUCUUUGGGAAGUGGUACCAACAAGGUGUAUCAAAGGAUGUGGAACACGUGGAAGGAGGCUCGAGCAGGGGCGGGUUCGGGCCCGUGGCUCCGCGAGAGCGAUGGGGUGGAAAGUGCGCCUCAGAAAUCUGGGCGGACGACUCGGGGCUCGUGCACUCGGAUUUUUGUCUGACAAGAGGAGACCUGGGUUUCUUUUGCGGUCCGGUAAGGGUUGCAUGGGCAGACCGGAGGCAGGCCAGCCGAGUGGACGUCACGUUCAGAGCGUCAAAAACAGAUCAAAAACGUUUGGGAGCAACCGUCACUAGAUCGGGAGAAGCUUGAAGGUGUUACUCGAUCUGUUAGAUCUGCACCCCGAGCUCGGGAGUCAUGCGCCGUUGAUGCAAUCGUGGGCACAAGACAGGUGAAGGUGAUUUCGAGGGCAGAGGCAUCGAGACACCGCAGGUUACUCGUGCGUGCGGCGGGUAGAGACCCACAGAAGUAUGAGUUGCAUUCAGGAAGGAUCGGGGGGGCCACGCAUCUAGCAAGUAUGGGGGCGUCGGUGAUCCAGAUCCAGAGAGCCGGGAGGUGGAAAUCAUCGGCUUUUAUGGUGUAUGUUAGGGCGGGGGGUGAAGGAGCAAAGUUUGUGUCUCAGGCCCUUACGGAACCCGAGGAGUGACCAGGGAGCGGUUCGGAGGAGUAGGUCAUCGGACAUGCUCAAUGGAGUAAGAUGUGUUUAGGCCAGAGGCCGAAACAAUAGUAAUGAUAGUAGGGCAAUCUUGGGAAGUUUGCAACGGGUUAGUCCGAUAAGAUAACGUUGGGAGCAAGACGGCAUUUUACCUGCGCUCUCAAUUUGUUUCAUGUGUCUUGGGUUUUUCUUUGGUUGCCUGCAGAAAAAUAAUCCAGAAUUCUUGAGCAAACAUAGAAAAAUAGAUACAUAGAAAUAUAGAUGAUUCCGAAGAAAUUUCACGGAACGAUUGCGUAUUGCGGUACUGCUGUACUACGGUCCUGCCAUGUAGUACGCAAUCGUUCCGUGAAAUUUCCUCGGAAUAAUAUUUCUUGUGGAUCCAGAUGCAUCUUUAUCUCAACACAAGGACAUAGACUACUCCAUGGACUGGCGUACAUGGAGAACGACAAGUUGCUGCAGACAGACGGGUGUCUACAGACGUGAUCUGCUCUAGGUCAAUCUUCUCGCGAAAACCUAUGCAUGCAUACUGCUGUGCACGUAUACUUCCCGUAUGCAGCGCAAGGCUAUGAUACACCGUAGCGGUUGAGGAAGGACAAACACCUACGGGACGCCUUCCAAAACAGGCCUCCAGCCGCCCUCCGCCCACGGCGCUCAGGCGGCCAACGGGAGAGACCGCCGCCGAGCUGACGGCUACGGUGAUGUCGGCCGCUGCUGAGACCGCGCCGCUGGCGAGGUGAGCACGAGGGCAGAGAGGCUAGUACACGAGCGAAGCGCAGCACGAGAUCUCCGAAGCGUCGAAGGAGAUUAAGGCGGCCCAGCAGCAACUGCGUGGGGCCUCACAGAACAGCGCCUGCGAGGCGACCCUGAAGGCGAUGCUCAAGGCGG